AUGGCCCAGAGUUUCAUGAAUACAAAAUCGUCAGGUAGAGAAAUCUAUCUAUCUAUCUGCCUCCUGCUUCAUAUCUAUCUAUCUAUCUAUCUAUCUAUCUAUCUAAGCCUGUUUAUAUCUAUCUAUCUUCUGGUCACCCACAUUUCUGUCAUAAUAGAAGAGGCCAUGAUGCAUAAAAAAAUAAUAAUCUAUCUAUCUAUCUAUCUAUCUAUCUAUCUAACUUAUUCUCUUUCUUGUUUUUCUCUUCUUUCUCAGCCUUUCAAAUAUCUCUCUUCUUUUACUACCCACUUUCUUUCUUUCUUUUUUCUUUCUUUCUCCGCUUCCUUUUUAUUUAAUCACAAAACAUCUACUUAUGUACGCAUGAAUAUUUUUAUGUAUGUAUGUAUGUCAUUCUGUUAUCUAUCUAUCUAUCUAUCUAUCUAUCUAUCUAUCUAUCUAUCUAUCUAUCUCAUUCUCCUAUUCAUAUCUAUCUAUCUAUCUAUCUAUCUAUCUCAUUCUAUUCGUAUCUACAUAAGCCUUUUCAUAUCUAUCUAUCUAUCUAUCUAUCUAUCUAUCUAUCUAUCUCAUUCUAUUCGUAUCUACAUAAGCCUUUUCAUAUCUAUCUAUCUAUCUAUCUAUCUUAUUGCAGCCUAA